AUGGUGAAGCUUGCAUUUGGAAGCUUGGGCGACUCCUUCAGCGCCGCGUCCCUCAAGGCCUAUGUGGCCGAGUUCAUUGCCACGCUCCUCUUCGUGUUCGCCGGCGUCGGGUCCGCCAUUGCCUACUCGCAAUUGACAAAGGGUGGCGCUCUGGACCCCACCGGCCUGGUGGCCAUCGCCAUCGCCCAUGCGUUCGCGCUCUUCGUGGGUGUCUCCAUGGCCGCCAACGUCUCCGGCGGCCACCUGAACCCCGCCGUCACCUUCGGCCUCGCCGUCGGCGGCCACAUCACCGUCCUCACCGGCAUCUUCUACUGGGUCGCCCAGCUGCUCGGCGCCUCCGUGGCGUGCCUUCUCCUGCAGUACGUCACCCACGGACAGCUUAACGGCAUCAGCGAGAUCGAGGGCGUGGUGAUGGAGAUCGUGAUCACCUUCGCGCUCGUGUACACCGUCGGCGGCUCCAUGAACCCGGCCCGCUCCUUCGGCCCCGCCGUCGCGGCCGGCAACUUCGCCGGCAACUGGGUCUACUGGGUCGGGCCCCUCAUCGGCGGCGGCCUGGCCGGGCUCGUCUACGGCGACGUUCAUCGCCUCCUACCAGCCCGUCGGCCAGCAGGAGUACCCGUGAAGAAAGUCGAUCCGGACCCAAUGCAAUCCGUCGUUUUGAUUUCAUCGUCGUCGUCUCAUCGCUUCGUGCUGUAA